AUGGCUCCGACGCUGAGAACCAGGGGCAAUGCGCAAGCCUCGAAGACUGUUGCUAGUACUGGAAAUAAGAGAAAACGAGGUGGAGCUUCAGCUACACAUGCGGAUCCGGCGCCAAAGAAACAGAAAGGGAAGAAGACAGCGGAUGCUGUUUCCGACAAACAAACAGCGGAUGCUGUUUGCGACAAUCGAACAGCUUGCCAGAAAGCUGCUGAAGACGAGGCAAAAGCCAAAGAGUUCCGCAUCAAGUUCUAUCCGGAAUUCUACCCACCGCACCCAGGAGAUGUCCCUGAAGAACAUCAGAUAAAGUUCAAGCAUAUUCAGCAACUGGGCAAGAUGAGCUACGAGUCGUAUGCGAUACAACCUCGACCUGACACCAUCGACAAGCCAUGGGAGCUCGAGAACAAGAGGCGGGCUAAGCAGAUGAUCUACUGGGCUGUUCGAUCGAGGGAUGAUCACCAGAACGAGGAUAGCUGGAGAAUGGAACUUGAGCCCUACGUCUUUAAACGGUUUAAGAUCGAAGUUGGAUGUUUGAGUACAGGACUGACCGAUAUCUUCACGUAUCGUAUUGGCGAGCGAAGCCUCAUCCAGAACGACCCGGAGAAUCGUCAUCGAAUUAAGAAGCAGCCUGAUCGAGUCUACGGACUAAGAACUACCGAAGCUAUGGCGGAGAGUUUGCAGCAACUACACAUUUCCCACUUGGGAGAGAACACUGCACUCAAAUAUCUGUCUAAGAGACUGACUAUGAGCUGCAAUCCAGACGGUGGUGACCAACCCUGCAUAUACCCUUUCCUAGCGAUGGAAGCCAAGAGCCACAAAGGCGAUGGCAAUUGGAAAGACAUCGAGACGCAAACAGCAAUACCGAUACGAAACCAUCUGUACCUACAGCUGCAACUUCAAGAUGACCCGGACAACAAGAUGAAGGUACCUGGAGGCCCGCUAUCUUGGUUUCUUGCGUACAGGGGAGAAGAAUGGAAGGUAUACGGAUGUUACGUCACAAAGUCUAGUCCAGACAGUCUGCCUUCUUACAAAGUCAUCCUUCUAUGGGAGGGGAGCAUCACCCGCCACGAUGCAGCACUCCAAUUAGUUCUCAUCAUGGACUACAUCGUUGAUUGGGCGCGUGACAUCUACCGGCCCAAUAUCAUUAGACAACUGAAGUCUGUAGUAGACAAAGGUCAGCAGUCAUCCUACACAGUCACCGCAGACCCCGACAUCCUCUCAAGGACUGGUUACGCCAACUCUCGGAUUGGCGAUGGACCUUUCGCUGCCAUUAGCAGAGCUGAAACGGCUGAGGUGCUUGCGAAACCAGCCUUCGAUGCGAUAAACUCCACUAUUGUGCCUUCUUUCGAACCCCUCUUUAAGAGCACUGGAAAUCAUAUCGAUAUUAGGGUCUGGGACAGCGCCAAGUACGAGUCACGAGUACGAGGACUGUAUAUCACUGAAACCGAUGAUGAUGCUAAGAAAAAUUUCAUGGGCGCGGGCUGGGAAAGAUUGAGAACGGUUCAUGCGAGCCGUUGUUGGUUCUUCUUAUCCAGCGCCCAGGGACUCAAGAUCAUCGAACAGGCAUGGACCGGGCUCGAAAAUACCAGAGACGUUGAGGAUCUUCCACAGCAGAAAAUCUUGGUUUCGCUUUAUUUGCGAUACCGUCAAGACAGUGACGGUGCACCUAUUCGAGAGUUGACGUAUAUUGCGCUCACUGAGUCAGUCGCUGAGGGCAUGUGGAUAAUGGGCGACGCAGUGCAGGAAGAGCUAGUUGUUCACGCCGACGUACUUGAGCUCAAGCUGCGUGAAGCCUGGGCUUCAAGUCCUGAGAGCUACUUUCGGCGUUACGCCAGCGACCAGACUAACGUGCUUUGUGCCACCGCAUCUGAACAAGAGAAACUGGAUGGUCGUGUUGCCCUCAGCUUUCACAGCGACCGCGAGGUCACGCCAUGGGCAAGACGUCUGGAUACUUUCAUCAAGCGCACUUGUGAGAAUCCACGAGCGGUGCUUCACAAAGCUUACGCACCAUGUUACCAAUACACAAAGGCCUAUCAUUCGCUUUCAGUGAAGCCCUAUUGUGUCUCCGACCCUACCCAAGACUGUGUUUUCAUAAAUGCAGCAGCGAUGUCCACCGGAAUAUGCGCCUACAUCACGAAUUCAGCAUCUGAAGAAGUCGACACUACGUGGGUGAUCAAGCAUCUUGUGCAGAUGGUAGCGGUGAUUUGGAACUGCGAGUGGCGAGAUGGAGAAAACAUCUUCCACAAGGGAAGAGAAUCUGUCGACGAUAAGAUUCUACUCUGGAUUGUAUCGGACCCUCAAUGGGAUGUGUACGCUGCAAUCAAGCCUACAUUGGCAAAGCCUAGUCUGAACAGAGUCCAUGAACAUCUGGCGUGGUUCCGCAAAGCGUUACUCGCACACAAAUGUGGAAAACAUGAUCCAGACGAUUGGUACAGAAAAGGGUACAGAAAUGUUCAAAACGACAUUCAGCACGCUUGCAAGAACUGCUCUCUCGAUUACUUGUGGACUUCUGAAGCCCCUGCAUAUCUUUACUGCGACGAAGACUUCAUGCCAGAAUAG